GCCAGGUGGCGCGGCUGCUCCGUCCACGCAGCCUUCCAGUCCCCGCGCCCCUCGGCCGCCAGGAUGUCAUGGGUUCUGCCCACGAGCCACAGAGAGCCCUGAGGCCCCGGGGUGGCCCUCCAGCCCUCGAGCCCGCAUCCCCGCGGUGGAGAUGCGGUCUCGGCUCCUGGACCUGCUUAGACUGAGAGUAGAGCACACUCGGGACGGCAGAGGCUGCGCCUGAUCCAGCUGCUUAGAGCCGGAUGUAUCCUGGACCCCAGUGUGUUCUUCUUCGAGGUGGAAGGCUGCUGGCUGGCCGGGGCAGGAGAUGCAGAGCACGGUGAACUACCUGUGGCACACAGAUGACCUGCUGGGGCAGGGGGCCACUGCCAGUGUGUACAAGGCCCGCAACAAGAAGUCUGGGGAGCUGGUUGCUGUGAAGGUCUUCAAUGCUGCCAGCUACCUGCGCCCCCGAGAGGUGCAGGUGAGGGAAUUUGAUGUCCUGCGGAAGUUGAACCACCAGAACAUCGUCAAGCUGUUCGCCGUGGAGGAGACGGGGGGCAGCCGGCAGAAGGUGCUGGUGAUGGAGUACUGCUCGGGCGGAAGCCUGCUGAGCGUCCUGGAGAGCCCCGAGAAUGCCUUUGGGCUGCCGGAGGAGGAGUUCCUGGUGGUGCUGCGCUGUGUGGUGGCCGGCAUGAACCACCUGCGGGAGAACGGCGUCGUGCACCGCGACAUCAAGCCAGGCAACAUCAUGCGGCUGCGGGGGGAGCAGGGCCAGAGCAUCUACAAGCUCACCGACUUCGGCGCUGCCCGGGAGCUGGACGACGAGGAGAAGUUUGUCUCCGUCUACGGGACGGAGGAGUACCUGCACCCUGACAUGUACGAGAGGGCGGUGCUUCGCAAGCCCCAGCAGAAGGUGUUUGGGGUGACGGUGGACCUCUGGAGCAUCGGGGUGACCCUGUACCAUGCUGCCACGGGCAGCCUACCCUUCGUCCCCUUUGGGGGACCACGGCGCAACAAGGAGAUCAUGUUCCGGAUCACCUCAGAGAAGCCAGCUGGGGCCAUCGCCGGCUCUCAGCGGCGGGAGAACGGGCCCCUGGAGUGGAGCUACACCUUCCCCAUCACCUGCCGGCUGUCGUUGGGCCUGCAGAGCCAGCUGGUGCCCAUCCUGGCCAACAUCCUGGAGGUGGAGCAGGCCAAGUGCUGGGGCUUCGACCAGUUCUUUGCAGAGACCAGCGACAUCCUGCAGCGCGUGGUCGUCCACGUCUUCUCCCUGCCCCAGGCGGUCCUGCACCACGUCUACAUCCAUACCCACAACACGAUAUCCAUCUUUCUGGAGGCCGUCUACAAGCAGACGAACGUGGCCCCCCAGCACCAGGAGUACUUGUUUGAAGGCCACCUCUGUAUCCUUGAACCCAAACUCUCAGCACAGCAGAUCGCCCACACGACAGCAAGCAGCCCCCUGACCCUGUUCAGCGUGGCCAGUGAGGCCCCCAAAGGGCUGGCCUUCAAAGACCCUGCUCUGGACCUUCCCAAGUUCGUCCCCAAAGUGGACGUGCAGGCAGAUUACAGCACCGCCAAGAGCGUGCUGGGCGCUGGCUACCGAGCCCUGCAGCUGGCACAGACCCUGCUGGCCGGGCAGGAGCUCAUGCUUCGGGGGCUGUACUGGUUCGUGGAGAUGCUCCAGGCCACGUGCCGGCGGUCGCUGGAGGUCACGCGGAUGGCCCUCCUCUUCCUCAGCAGCAGCCUGGGCACCGAGAGCAGCGUGGCUGGGGUGCCUGAGACGCAGGAGCUGAAGAAGACCUGGGAGCUGAGGUCCAGACUGCGGACUCUGGCAGGGGUCCUCUCCAGAUGUUCCUGCAACAUCACGGAGACCCAGAUGAAACUGAGCACUCUGAGCACUGAGCUGGCAGAGAGCAGGGACCAGGUACAUGAGGACAGAAGCAUCCAGCAAAUCCAGUGCUGUGUGGACAAGAUGCAGCUCAUCUACAAGCAGUUCAAGAAGUCGAGGAUGAGGCCAGGGCUUGGUUACAACGAGGAGCAGAUUCACAAGCUGGACAAGGUGAAUUUUAGUCAUUUAGCCAAGAGGCUGCUGCAGGUGUUCCAGGAGGAGUGUGUGCAGAGGUACCAGACAGCACUGGCCACGCAUGGCAAGCAGAUGAGCCUGGCGCACGAGGUCAGGAACCACCUUCGUCUGGUCGGCUGCUCUGUGGCCGCCUGCACCACGGAAGCCCAGGAAGCCCAGGAGAGCCUCAGCAAGAUCCUGGACCUGCUGUCUCACCAGCUCCUUCAGGACAGAACAAAGGGUGCUCAGGCCUCGCCCCCCACUGCAGCUGCUGAUCCGGUCCCUGAAGCAGAGGACCUGAUUCUGCACAUGCAGGAGCUCUGCGAGGGGAUGAAGGUGCUGGCCUUUGACCUCCAGGACAACAACCGCAUCAUCGAAAGGUUAAGUAGGGGUCCGCCAGCCCCCGACGCCUGAGCUCCGAGGGUUGCAGGAGACAGACUGAAGCAUUAGAGUUGUUCAAACACUCUUCUCCAGCCGACAUGUAGGCUAGCACGAGGUGCCAUCUGUUCCCAUCUCAUCAACCUACCUCCCUCCUGGCCGACGCUGGGACACGUCGUCAGCAUUACCUGCCACUGCCUUUCCACAGCGAGUGGCACAGCAGAACAGGCCGGGCCUGCCCUGUCAGGACACCUGCCUGGACUCAGAGCUCCUUCCCGGGCCUGGCCAGCCCAGAUGAACAACCGGCCAGGCGGUGCAAGAGUCUCCGUUCGGCCCUUCCAGCCACCACUCCAGUUUCCUGGAAUCUCAGGGACAGAAAAGAAGCCACUUCUGGUUUCCCUAGGGUGCUGGAUCAGAGCCCUCUAGGUGUUUCCCCCUCUGGAUCUGGCUGAGUCUGGGUGAGGGCAAGUGGAGACCAGCAGCCAGUGCCUUCCCCCACCCAGGACACCAUCAGGUCUGGAUACUCAGCCAGCUCUGGAAAGUCCUGAGCUCUGAGGAGAUAAU